CACGAAUUAUUGACCAUGUGACAUAUGGGCAGGCAACAUCCGAAAAACUGUUACAGUCUCUUCAACCAUUUCCAUCUGUCCCAUGAGUCAUCGUAAGUACGAAGCUCCCCGCCACGGCUCGUUGGGCUUCCUUCCGCGAAAGCGCUCGUCUCGUCACCGUGGCAAGGUCAAAUCCUUUCCUAAGGAUGACCCCAGAAAACCAGUUCACUUGACAGCUGCUAUGGGCUAUAAGGCGGGGAUGACCCAUAUUGUCCGUGAUUUGGAUCGCCCCGGAUCCAAACUGCACAAGCGUGAAGUCGUUGAGGCGGUCACCAUUAUUGAAACUCCUCCCAUGGUAGUGGUUGGUGUGGUCGGUUACAUUGAGACACCCCGUGGUCUCCGCACUCUCGCCACUGUCUGGGCUACCCACUUGUCAGACGAGGUGAAGCGCCGAUUCUACAAAAAAUGGUACACUGCCAAGAAAAAGGCUUUCACUAAGUAUGCCAAGAAGCACGCGGAAGAUGGUGGAAAAUCGAUUGCCCUUAACUUAGAACGCAUCCGCAAAUACUGCACCGUUGUCCGUGUCCUUGCCCACACUCAAAUUCGUAAAACGGGCCUAAAACAAAAAAAGGCCCAUCUUAUGGAGAUCCAAGUAAAUGGCGGUUCGGUCGCUGAUAAGGUUGCCUUCGCCCAUGGGCUUUUCGAGAAGCCCGUCGAGAUCAGCACUAUCUUCGAGCAAGAUGAAGUCGUUGACGUCAUUGCUGUGACAAAAGGACAUGGCUUUGAGGGUGUAACCCAUCGAUGGGGGACUCGAAAGUUGCCCCGCAAAACUCACAAGGGGCUCCGUAAGGUAGCGUGUAUUGGCGCCUGGCAUCCCAGUAAGGUCAUGUUUUCUGUGGCUCGCGCUGGUCAAAACGGUUACCAUCACCGCACUGAGCUGAACAAAAAGAUCUACCGCAUAGGUUCCGGUGAUGAUAAGGCGAACGCUUCGACUGAACAUGAUGUCACCCAGAAAACGAUUACGCCAAUGGGUGGCUUUCCUCACUAUGGAGUUGUCAAGAACGAUUUCCUCAUGUUGAAAGGUGCUGUCCCGGGCACCAAGAAGCGUGUUACCACAAUACGUAAAUCCUUGAUGGUGCCCACGAGCCGUCGGGAUCUCGAAAAGGUUCAGUUAAAGUUCAUCGAUACUAGCUCCAAGUUUGGUCACGGUGCAUUCCAAACCUUUGAAGAGAAAGCUGCUUUCAUGGGGACAAUGAAAGCUCGUGUAUAAAUGUUUUUGGGUGUCAAAUUAUCAUAUGAAGCCGUGGUAGUGAUUGAAGUGAA